CAUGUUGCUUAAGUGGGUAGCGCUACCGCCUCCGCCUCUCCCCCCGCCGCGCGCCUGCAUGCGGUCGAAGAACCGGCCCGCGCCCCGCUGCCGGCGCGCACAUGGCUGCCUGUGAUUUGCCUGCGGCGUGGGCGACUUCGCCUCUCGCUCGUCUCUUGACCCAGGCAAGCCGGCCGCACCGCGCACUCGCGGUGCCGACUCCUCGCCUGCUCUUCCCCCCUUAUCCUGCUGCGUAGAGCUUGCUUGCUUCGCUCUGCUCUUUGCUGUUAAACGCGUUGUGUCCACGUGAGAAUUCGUGACUCAUCUCAUACGUAUGAUCUCGCGCCAUUCUCGAACUGGGUGGUAGUAUAAGAAUCCAGCCGCCGCUGUUGCUGCUGCUAAGGUCAACCACAGAGCUCCUUGUUUGUUUCUUUCUUUGGUUUGCUGCUACGUAUUAUAUAGGCGAUCGAGCAGAGUGGUUUCCGGCCAUGCCGGCCAGGUCAUGGCUCGCCGAACUGCGGUCGCGGUUCGGCGCCGGCGGCGCCAGGGCCGACGGGCUCGGCAUCCUGGCCUUCGAGGCGGCUGCCACCAUGUCGCGGCUCGUGUCCCUCCACCGGACGCUGUCCGACGUGGAGUUCCGGAGGCUCCGCGCCGACGUCCUGCGCGCCGAGGGCGUCGCGCGGCUGACGUCCCCGGACCAGAGCUUCCUGCUCCGCCUCGCGUGCUGCGAGCUCGUGGCGGACCUCGACCGCGCCGCCGCCACUGUCGCGCGCCUCGCCGCGCGGUGCCGAUCCUGCGCGGAGGCACCGCUCCUGCGGGACUUCGACCGGCUCUACGCCGAGGCCAAGCGCGGCCGCCUCGCGCAGCUGGACGUCGCGGUCGGGUUCUCUAGGGGCGCCGGGAAGCGGCUCCGCAAGAUGGAGCGGCACGUGGCCGCGGCCGCGAGGCUGUACGAGGAGAUGGACGCGCUCAGGGAGCUGGAGGCGUCGGAGCGGCGGAUGGAGAACUGGAAGCAGCACAGCGGGCCCAUCAUCCCGUCGCAGGCGGCGCCGGGCAAGAAGCCAGCGGCCGAACCCGGAGAGAAGCUGAUGCACGAGCUCAGGGCGCAGCGGCACAAGGUGCGGCGGCUCAUGGAGGGGUCGCUCUGGAGCGUCGACGCCGGCAGGGCGGCGAAGCUCAUGGCCAAGUCGGUCCUCGCCGUGCUCGCGCGCAUCUCCAUUGCCUUCGGCCCGUUCGUCCCAGGGCUGCCAUCUUUAACAGUGGGACGCGCGCCCGGCCACUCUUCCGGCCCGUUGCACCGGUCGGCGAUGCCCGGCGCCGCGCUCCGGCACUCGGUUCCCAUCUUCGGCCAAAAAGAUGCCGCCUUGUCAGUAUUGGAAUCGACCAAGCCAUUGGCGAGCACGAUCGGCGGCUCGGGCAUGGAGCUGCGAUACGCGAACCUGAUCUUGUCCGUCAAGACGCUGCUCGCGGCGCUGAGGCCGCCGGCAGCUGACGGCGAGGAGGUGCAGGAAGGAAUGAUGGACCUGUCGGCGAGAGACGGGCUCUACAAGAUGUUACCAGUGAGCAUCCGCGAGGCCGUGAACGCGAAGCUGAGGGAGAGCUGGAGAGGGCAGGCGGUGGACGAGGAGGCCGCGAAGGCGUCGAGAGGCGAAGCGGAGGUCGUGCUGCGGUGGCUGGGCCCGAUGGCGCACGACACCGUGCGGUGGAGCGACGAGCGGAGCAUGGAGCGGGGGCAGCGGUUCAGCAUGCAGCCACGCGCGCUGAUGGUGCAGACGCUGCACUUCGCUGACCGGAAAAAGGCGGAUGCGGCGAUUGUUGAUGUGCUCGUCUGCCUCAGCUGCGUGUGCUGGUAUGACGAUGAGCGGCGCCGUCUGGAGUCUGUGGACUGGGACGACGAGUAGCAGGCUAGCAGCUACAGAUGUCUGAGCUGUGGAUCGUGGACUUUACUGUGUGUGAAUAUUAUUGCAAAGCAUCUGUACAUACAUAACUAUAUGUGCGCUAGAUACUAGUACAAAACAAUUGAAUUGUUGUUUUUGUUUCGGGAAAGCUAAAGAUUGCUUGGGUGUGUUGCACUUGGAGCCAUCCAGCACUUUUUUUUUAAGAAUGCUAAACUACACUCGGUUUUUCC